AUGGUCAACCUUACAGAAUUCGCCGUCGAGUCCUGGAUGGACGCCUACGAGCACCAAUGCAAAUACAACGUCGCUGAAACCUGUUGCGCCUCCGUCUCCAUCGACCAGCUACGACAAAUAUCCGACGACAAAACCAGCCAAAUCUUAAGAACUGACCGAGCACUCACCUACGGCGCCAUUCGAGGCGCGCAGGACUUGAGGUCCAACCUGGCCCGGCUAUACUCAGCCAAAGUCGCUUCACCCCUGAGCCCGGACAACAUCCUCACCACCCCCGGUGCUAUCCAGGCCAACUACCUGACAGCAUAUGCCUUGGUCGGCAAGGGCGACCAUGUCAUCUGCCACUAUCCCACCUAUCAGUCCUUGUACGAUGUCCCCAGAUCGUUGGGUGCAGACGUCGACCUGUGGAAGGCCCAGGCUGAGAAGCAUUGGAUACCUGACCUGGAAGACUUGAAAUCACUCAUCAAGACAAACACGAAACUCAUCGUCAUCAACAACCCCAACAACCCGACGGGAGCCAUCCUGGCCAGGUCCUUCCUCGAGCAGCUCGUGGCCAUAGCUAGAGAGCACGACAUCACGAUCCUCGCCGAUGAAGUUUAUCGGCCCAUCUUCCAUUCCAUCAGCCCCAUCGAUAACGAGUUUCCCCCAUCACUACUCUCCAUGGACUACAAGAACGUAAUCGUAACAGGCUCCCUGUCCAAGGCAUACUCCCUCGCUGGUAUACGUGUGGGAUGGAUCGCGUCCCGCAACUCUGACAUCAUCGAAAAGAUUGCCUCUGCACGACACUACACGACAAUCUCCGUGUCUGGACUUGAUGAGCAAGUCGCAGCCUACGCUCUGAGCCCAGCUACCGUACAUGGUCUGCUGGCUCGCAACAUCCAGCUUGCCAAGACGAACCUAGCGCUCCUCGAGAGGUUCAUGAUAAAGAACGAAGACGAGUGCGAGUGGGUGAAGCCCGUGGCAGGCACGACAGCUUUCAUCAAGAUCCACAGAGAAGGCAAGCCUGUAGAUUCGGUCGAUUUCUGCAAGAAGCUGCUCGACAAGACAGGCGUACUGUUUGUGCCUGGGUCUCAUAGCUUCGGCGAAGAAUUCAAGGGUUAUGUCAGGGUCGGUUUUGUGAACGAGACAGACAUUGUUCAGAAGGGUCUGGAAGAGACGUCGAAAUUUAUCAGAAAGAGUCUAGACGACGUAGAUUUAGCUGAGUGA